AGAUUUCAAGAGGUAUAAAAGGGGUAGCAGCAGGAACAGCUGUAUUCUCUGUCACCAUGGGUCCUGUGUUGUGUUUGGUCAUUUUUGGGUUGGCUGUUACCAUUACAAAUGCAGUGGACUUCUCUGUGGAGUGUGAGGAAGAGACUGUGACUGUGAGCUGGCCAAUGGGACUGCAGAACCAACCAGACAUUGAUCCUUCUCAUGUCCGUCUGGGUUACUGUACUCCGGAUAGUAACUCUGUAAUACCGGGUGGCGCACGGGCUGUGUUCGAGUUUAAGGAGUGGCGAUGUGGGGCGGAGAUGAUGGCAUUGAAGGAGAAUCUGGUCUGGUCUACGGAGUUAACCUAUGUUCCUGACUCUGGAACUGACGAGUUCUUCCUUAAGAAUGUUGUUUGUGUGUACCAAAGGGCUGCUGGUUGGACUCCACGAACUUUCAAACCUGUGAUUGAAACCUAUGGCACUGGUAAACUGGUGUUCAGUAUGAGCCUGAUGAACGCUGACUUCAGUGGUCCGGCGGUGACUAGUGUGUACCAGCUGGGCGGCUUCAUCCCCAUCUCUGCUUCAGUGGACCAGCAGGCCCAUCAGCCAUUGCUGCUGUUGCUGGAGGAAUGUGUGGCUUCUACUGACGCUCAGCUAGGGCCUAAUGCCGAGAUCUACCCUUUUAUCAACAACAAGGGGUGUUUUGUCGAUAGCCGCAAGACCAUGUCUAGUUUCCAACCUCGGCAAAGAAGCUCUGAAAUCCGUCUCUAUUUGCAAGCCUUUGCAUUUGCUCUUGGCAAGGAGGUCUACAUCCACUGUAAGCUUGUGGCAUGGGAUGAAAAUGUCUUGAAUGCAGGGAUGAAGGCCUGCCAUGACAAGAAUGGAAGUUGGGAGCUCCUUGAUGACCCUGCCCAGAGUUCUCUCUGCGACUGCUGUGACUAUGGUGGUGACUAUGGCUGCAAUUCCAGAAAGAGGAGGGCAUUGGGUGGUAAAGGGAUGACCAGGGAAGCUGUGGUUGGACCACUGGUUAUUGAGCGUGAAGGCUAGAUGACUGGACAUCAAUAAAACACUUUCUUUGAA